CUCAAAUAUCCUCGGUACUGCGAACUCGGUAUAAACGCAUACACUACGCGACAAGCGAUAGGCCCUCGAACAUAUGAAGUGCGUUACCAUACGGAAUAGCAAAAAAUAUUUUCACCGUGUGACUUGAAUGUGUUCAGCUUUAAAUUUAUUUUUCUUAAUUUUCAUAUACGUUCUUUAGCAAUGGUUUGCAUUGACUGUAUAACGUAAAUUUUCUACCGCGGCGGUGAAGUGUCUUUCUACCAGAGAACGUAUAAUUGUUGUAUUUAUGUUCUCUGCACCAAACAGCUGGUGGCCUGUGGUGGCUUAUUGCGAAUGAAAAGUAAAGCAACGCACGAAUUACCUAACUCAACAAACAAAGCCAUAUAAAUUAUAUUAAGUAAAUUUUGUAUAGUUUCUUUAUCUAACAAUUUAAUAUACUCGAGUAUUAGUAUUAUGAACGCAGUUAUUGCUUUGUGUCAUUUCUGCGAAGCACAUGGACCUAGCGCAAUAUUUUGUACACAAACCUUGCGGGACACAAAACUUGAGGAGCUACAUUUGGAUCAACAGCAAGUAGAAAACAAAUUGUGUUCCGCGUGUAAUUCUCUCGGACAAACUAACGGUUUGUACAGUAAAGACAAUGAAAGCGGCGCUACUUUUUUAAGCACACAAGUAGCCGCUUUGCCUGAUGUACAAAUAUUAGUCAAACAGGCGGCAGUACGAAGCCUUAGCUGUGAAAUAAAUUCGAAUAAGGAUGGAGGCUUCGUGUUUUUCGGUGACUCCGCAAGAGGUCAUGUUCUGAGUCAUACAUUUCAAGUUAACGACUUGCAGGCUCGCGGUUUCUACCAGCUGUUUUCAAUUAUUGUGUUAAUGAAAGAUAAAUAUUUUCUUUUGAACACAAAACCGUUUCUAGCAGAGCACCUACGCAAAGUUUCUUCAGAUAUACAAGCGUCCGCUAAAAAAAUUAACGAUGACACAAAAGAAUUGCCCCGCCAACGACGUCUAUCCAGCGCACAGGUUUUGGUACAAACACCACGCUCCUUGAUCGAACUAACCGGAGAGGAUAAUAUUUUCGCAUUUCUACAUUCACACUUUUCAUGGAUAUUGUUAGCUGGUUCUAGAUUCCUUACAGAACAUGUUACAUUCGGUAAUUUGCCAUGGUUGCCACCACAAAGCAGCGAUCGUCCUCCCCAACAGCGUCUAACGUACAAUAUAACAUUACCAAUGAUACAAAAGUACGAAGAAACCAUUAAUGAUCCGGAACGUGAUGAGUUUUACUCACUGCGACUUGUAAAGGAUAUUGUCCGUCGUGAAUUUAGUACUACAGUUUUUUGUGCAUUAACAGGAAUAAAGAUAAUUGUACGUGGAAGUUCUGAUCGUACAUUAAACUUUAUGCUUUGUUUAAAAAAACUCCUCCCGGAACCAAUGCAUAAUCUCAUGCGCAUUGAUGCGCAACAUCAACACUCCAUUAGUUCCGAUUAUAAAAUCAUUUCAGUAUCGAAUGAAAUAGCGGUGCCUAUGGCAUGCAGCUCGGUCUAUCGUAUAGAUUUUCUAGAUGAUUCAACAGACGGUAACAAAGCUUGCGUAAAAUGGCCUGGGGAAAUACCAAGAAAAUGGCCAGAUUUAAUGGUUAAGCUGAUGAAGGCAGUAGAUGAAAAGCGUUUCACACCUUUGGUACUGAAUAAGCAAACAAAAGUUCUAAUCGAGGAAUGGAAAAAUAAAGUCAUAUGCUUAAAUCGUGCAAAGUCGUCUAAUGGUCAAGCGAAGUUGCGAAAAGUGUUGGGCGUGCAACCACAGGAUCAACCAUUAAUAAAUUAUUGGAGCGGUCAUUUGCAAUAAAAUGGAAAUCAAAAUAAAAAGUUUUAGUAAUUA